UAAGAAAUUCACUUUAAAACAAUUGUCAACGAAUUAUUUUCUGUUGUAACACAAAAUAUUAAUUUAAGAUUUAGUCAGAAUCUUAAGAUACACUUAAAUUAAGAUAUCUGCCAGGUUUUGUCGAAACAACCGUGCUAUUACUUCACCACUAAUGAACGAUUAGAUGUAAAGUGGAAUAUAUAUACUCUAUGUAAAUAAUUGCAAUUUUCUACUUAUUCGCAACACUUUAAAACAUACAUCGUCGAAUGAUUUCGAAUUACUAUUGAAAAAAAUUUUUAUUGAAAUAAAAUUUUUAAAAUAUAAAAAAAUAGAAAGUAGAAAAAGAGGGAAAAAAUUCAAUGUUGGAAAUGUUUACGAUUAAAUUUUGCAUAGAGAAGUUACGCGUUUACAGGAAUAUCCUACUAUAAUACAAUGUCCCCGCCGAUUGAUCAGGGACACCCGAUAUAUAAAAGCAGACCAGUCGGUUAGCGAAGCACAGUGUAGUCCGAUGGGAUAGGUAUAACAACACAACAUAACCGAAUCUCUGGUCUAGUGGCGUGUAAGAUCUCGACUCGACGGUAGAGAACGUGUCGAAUUAAAACGACACGGCGGCGUCGCAAUGCUGAAUUAACCGUGUCCUAAAACACAACGUAAUUUCUCCUUUUUGCGAUCGUUGGACAAUUAACAAUCGAUUUCACCAGUUUUUACGUGCCUGUGAUGCGAAAAUUCGGCUCGACCAAAUUUUUAAUCUAACGACAGCAAAGAAUAAUCAGCAGGAAAAAUGUGGUGUCUAGUUUUCCUUUCAAUCAGCGCGGUGAUGGGCGGAGAAUUGGGUUCGGAAUUCGACUAUCCUGAAACACCGAAUAUAGAAUAUUCGCCUUUACCCCAGGAAGAAGAAGCACCGUCGCCUCUUCCCGGAAUGCUUUAUCCACGAGAAAGUGAAUCGCGAGAAGUGAAAUCAUUGGACGGUAUGUGGGAUUUUGUGACUUCUCCAUCGGGAGACACGCUUAAGGGUUAUAAAGAAGCAUGGUUUGCAGACGAAUUAUCAAAGGUAGGAAAAGUGAUGCAAAUGCCUGUUCCCUCGUCGUAUAACGACAUCACAACAUCCAGCGAAUUGAGGGAUCACUUGGGCGCCGUUUGGUAUCAACGAACCUUCUUCGUGCCCUCCUCUUGGCGAGAGCAAAGAGUCUUCGUCAGAUUUGGCUCCGUGCAUUACCUCGCGCAAGUGUGGAUAAACAAUGACUUUGUAACUAACCAUGAAAUCGGUCAUCUUCCAUUCGAAGCCGAGAUAUCUUCGUAUUUGAUUUACGGCGGUAAAAAUCGCAUAACAGUUGCAGUUGAUAAUACUUUGCUUCAAACCAGUGUCCCGCAAGGAAAAAUUGUCGAAACUGCUGUCGAUAAUGGAACGAUAAACGUGCAAACUUACACUUUUGACUUUUUCAACUAUGCUGGCAUACACAGGCCCGUUUUGUUAUAUACGAAACCGCGCGUCUAUAUCGAAGAUAUAAGCGUAAGAACGGGACUGAUCGGCGAUAUCGGUGUCGUAAAGUAUAUAAUUGAGCCAGCAGGUUUGUACGAGCACGAAAUCCCUAUUUGUAGAGUAAGCUUACUCGACGCCAAGGAUAAUUUAGCCGUGCAAGAACCUGCUUACGGAUUUUCCGGCACUCUGAAAGUACCAUUCCCCAAUCUUUGGUGGCCUAGGGGUAUGAAUUCUAAUCCUGGAUAUCUUUACACGUUAAAGGUUACGUUAUCGGUGGUAAAUGGAAGCAAGGUGGACGUGUACAGACUUCCAAUUGGUAUCAGGACAUUGACGUGGACAAAUACGAGUUUGCUGCUUAACGAUAAACCUGUGUACAUGCGAGGAUUCGGUAAACACGAGGACUCGAUACUAAGAGGACGGGGUCUGGAUUUAGUGACCGUUGCCAGAGACCACGAGUUGCUUCAAUGGAUCGGUGCUAAUGCUUAUAGGACAAGUCACUAUCCUUACAGUGACGAAGUACUCGAUUUGGCGGAUCGGUUAGGUUUUCUCAUUAUCGACGAAUGUCCUUCGGUGGAUACCGAGAAUUUUUCACCGAUGCUUCUUUCCCGUCAUAAAGAUUCAUUAUCGGAGCUUAUAAGGAGAGAUAAGAAUCGGCCUUCGGUAAUCAUGUGGUCAAUCGCUAAUGAACCAAGGACGCAACUUCCAGAAGCCGGCGAAUACUUUAAACAAGUUGCUCAUCAUACGAAAGCGCUCGACCCUACCAGGCCAAUAACCAUUGCCAUGGCUCGAACAGUUCAGGAAGAUAAAGCUGGUGAAUAUCUUGAUAUAAUUAGUUUCAAUCGUUAUAACGCUUGGUAUCAUAAUCCGGGCCGCCUCGAUUCAAUAACGAAUCGAGUUAUAGCCGAAGCUGAAGCAUGGCAUAGAAAAUAUAACAAGCCUGUUCUUAUGACCGAGUAUGGAGCUGAUACUAUGCCUGGAUUGCACGAAUUGCCCGAAUAUAUAUGGAGCGAAGAGUAUCAGAUAAAUGUAUUAUCUAAACAUUUUCAAGCAUUCGACCAAUUGAGAAACGAGGGAUUUUUUAUUGGUGAAUUUAUUUGGAAUUUUGCUGAUUUUCGAACAGCUCAGACAUAUAUCAGAGUAGGUGGUAAUAAAAAAGGUAUAUUCACAAGAGAUAGACAACCAAAAAUGGCGGCUUAUCAUCUUCGAAAAAGAUAUUAUUCUCUUCAAAAAGAAUUGGAUGGUAUAGAAUUACCAACGGAUUUUGAAGAUUAUAUUUCUCUUCAUUAUUCUUUUCAUUCAAAAAAGCUAUAAUAAAAUAUUUUAUUAAUAUUUUGCUACUUUUGUUUCAAUCAUUUUUUCAAGAAAAA